AUGUCCCCAAGCACCUCAUCCGAGGAGCCCAGCUCUGAGGCCCCCGUGCCACGCACUGGUCACCGCGGCGAGAGGAUGCGCCUUUGGCCUCCUAUCACCGAUCUCGAGGACGAGGACGCAACCCAGAGUGAGAACAACGGCCUCGCUCGGCGUCGCUCCGCCAGCGAAUCCAACGGCGACGGAAUGGAAAUCGACUCCGAGCCCACCGAGUCUACCAAGUCCACAGACAUGCCUCAAAGAGGCGCUGGUCUCACCAGCACCGACAGCAACUCGGAGGGUCGUAUCCCAGUUAAUAACGCCCGAGUCCUCCGUCGCGCGCGAGCCCCCCUGCGCAACAGCCGCACCUACACCCGCCUAGGGCGCCCCGAAACCCAUCCCACCGCCCGCCCCGUGUCGCUGCGCACCUAUAAGCCCUACGAUUCCAGCGACUCGGACUCCGACCCUCCGCCGGUCCGCAGCUUCUUCAGCGCCUACGCCAGAGACGACAACCCGCGUCCCCUGGCCCGUCGCGCCGUCUACCCGAGCAUCCAGACCAUGCACCCGAACCUGUUUGCCGUGGAGCCUCUGACUGAGGACCCGGAUCGCGCUUACUGGGCCGACUCCUCUGAUAACGAGUCUGGUCCUGCUACCUGGAGUGAGGUUGAGUGGACUGAUGACGAAGAGGAGGCUAAGAAGAAGGAAGUCGAAGUGACUAAAAAGAGGAAGCUUGAGGAGGAGGAUGAAGAGGAAGAGGAGGAGGAGGAGGAGGGGGAAGCGGGUCAGGAGAGUGUCUAAGCUGCAGCUACCGCUGAUGAUGACAACGAUGCGACGAGGUGGACACUUGUUCGGACCCUGCUUGGCUUUUGUUUCUCCUGGUGUAUGUGCAGGGGUUGGAAUCCUCUCUUCUGGGAUGGACCUACAACGUGCAACUUUCUGGAAAGUGGAAAGGAGAGGAGGAGUCGAUUAGGUGCUCACGGAUGAAUCACUUUCUCGGUCUAUUGAUGUGUUGCUGAAUUGGUUGUCAUCUGGUUUCACUUCUGGCUAUCUAGAUGCGCGAUUUGUUGGCAUGUGAUGUGGUUUGUUUGCUUAGCUCUGGACAUGAUCUGCGAUACAUACACGCAUGAGAUGGGGGGACAUGUACGUUCGGGGAGGCU